AAGCUGCAUGAAACUUCACGAACUGUGCAGUCUGUGCUCCAUUGGCCUCUUGUCAUCGUAAUCUUCUGCACAUUCCUUAACCUGUUACUGGUCUAUACCCUGCCUUUCUCCAAGACUCUUCAGUAUUUUCAGACAAACUUAUUACUCGAAAGAAUGUUCACCUUCUUCGUCGUCCUUCUCAAUAUAUGCGGUUCGACAGGAUCGCACGGACGUCGCCUCCUAUUCCGAGAGAGUUCACAAGUUUCCCCAUGUCUGUCAGCUUGGUGGAUCAUUCUGCGCCAAGUCAUGUUUUCAAUGACUAUCUUGCGAUGCGCACGACACGUGCCGGCACAAUCUCUCCUGAUGACCGCAAAGUCCACGUUACACAAUCUGUUUCAACAAUAUUUCAAUUCAGGGCGAUUGACUGGGGCAUGGAAAAUUGCGAAUUGCACGUCGCCGUUCCGCCUAUGGACCGACCAACUACGCUUGCUUUAUAUCGCCUCAAUGCCACUGUACCAGUUGAUAUUUCAACGCUAUCGUUUGACGUCCGACCGCCACGGGUCGCGAAACUAGAUAACAUUGUGCUAGGGCAAGACAGCUUGAACUGGCACAGAAAACUUUCUUGUGUAACGGACGACGUCCUUGUUUUCGAGUUGGGAUGUUCGGAGGAUGAGCCAAGCGGUAGCUGCGAUAUCGAAUGGUGGCAGGCUCACAAGGACACUGCACCAGUGGCUAGAAAUGCCAAAGUGCCGACUUCUAGUGCGACCUAUGGCGUGCUGAUUGCAAUUCAUGUUAUGGAAUAG